ACAACAACAACAACAAAAAACAAACAAACAAACAAACAAAAAUGGCUCAAGAAAAGAUGGAGCUGGACCUGGACAUUCCUGUAUCAUUGUCACAAAGUGAUGGGAUUCUGAGAAGAUCCAACAGUGCCCCUAUGAUUAAUGGGCUGAGUGACGCCUCACAGGUUUUUCAACCAGAUUCCUUACGCAACAGGAGGAACAGUACCACCGUUAUGAACCGUCACAGUCAGCUUGUGCCCUCAUCACCAGUUCGUAUUCCCAGCAGCAGGCUACAUCAGAUUAAACAGGAGGAAGGAAUGGAUCUCAUGAACAGAGAGACGGCACAUGAGAGGGGAGUGCAGGCAGCGAUGCAAAUGAGUGUUUCCUGGGAAGAAAGUUUAAAUUUGAGCGACAAUGACCUGGAUAAAUCAGCCUCUCCAAAGCGCAUUGACUUCAUCCCAGUGUCUCCAGCUCCAUCGCCAACCAGAGGGAUAGGAAAGCAAUGUUUUUCACCUUCUUUGCAAAUUUUUGUGAGUAGCAAUGGGCUGCCUCCAAGCCCUGUCCCCAGUCCAACCAGAAGGUUUGCUACCAGGAGGAGUCAGAGCCCCAUCAACUGUAUCAGGCCUAGUGUUCUUGGGCCAUUGAAAAGAAAAGGUGAGAUGGAAUCAGAAAGUCAACCAAAGCGUCUCUUUCAGGGAACCACAAGCAUGCUGUCUCCUGAUGUAUCACAGUCACCAGAGCUUGGCUCAUGUCUUUCCACAGAUUGUCUCGAUGGCAGUAGUGGCAGCUCAACCCAAGAUUCACCAGCAAAGUCCAGUGCGAUGAUCGAAUCCCCGGUGACGACUUCCGAUUCCUCCUCUUGCUCGUUCACCCCAGUGGGCGACCUUUCACCAAAGUAACCCUCCGUUUUACGAGGUCACAGUUUGUUCGUUGGGUAAUUGACGCUGCAAUGUACAGGACAUUGAAUACAAAUGAGAUGCUGAAAAAAAAGAGUAAAGGAAUGCGGGAACAGAUGCUGCAUCAUUUGUAACCUUCUGGUCUAAAAUGUGUUGUGCCAUUAAUAUAUGUAAACGUUAGUAAAAAAAAAUGUCAGUGUUAAUGAACUGGUUGUGGUAGUUUUUUGAGAAAUAUUUUCUCUUUUCAUUCCCCCCCCACCUCAAAUUCUUGUUCCUUUCUCACCAAUUUGGAAUUUCUAGAGGCUCACUAUUAAAUAGAACAGAGUCUCAUUUGCCAGAGUCAUAAGCUUCCAACUUUAAAUUUCACCGGACAAGAUUUUUAAGAUGCAGAUUUGUUAUCUUCAAAUACCUUUGAGCUUUACUUUUUUAUGAAUAGCACUAAAUGUAAAUGGUUUAUGACUUGAAUUUUUUUUAAAAAGAACAACUGUUGAAUCGGUUUGUGCGCUUGGGCAUGAAUGAGCACAAAUGUUACUGGCAAUAAUGCAGGCCUCGAGCAAAGAAAGGGUAACAGUAUUUUUGCUAUUAUGGAAGAGAAGGAAGCGGAUGCGUGCGGUUUUCCUUCCAUUAGUCCUUUGUACAGGUUCUAUUACUUUUUUGUGAUGUUUCUUUAUUCAAAUGAUUGUUGCAGAAGCACCUUUGCAGGGCAGUACCGUGAGGUUACCUGCAUUAUCAUUUGCCUGUGGAGUGUUCAUAGCUAUUUCUUCUAAUAAAAAAAAUUGUGCAUAGUGUAAAAUACCAGAAGGAGUAUACCAUUGAUCUAAUUUAAUAACAUGCUUUACAUCUAUAGAAACUGGCACCACAGUAAUUACAAAGUUACUUGGUAUGUGUAUAAUUCAUAAAUAUCUUUAAACAGUUUUAUGUACUUCUGGUAAAUAAAUUAUUAGUUGUAA